AUGUUCUUCAAAGCCGCCACCAUCGCUCUUCUGAGCACAAUGGCCGCCUCCUCCCCAACCCCAACAACCUCCCCGAAAUACCCAGAACGCCUCUCCUCAGAAAACUUCCGCCUCGUAGCAGACGUAAAAUCCAACGAUCUCAACCCCUCCAUCCAAAACUACGUCUUGACAUCCUACCACACUGGUGCUGGACUGGCCUUCGCUGUCCUCCAGCCCAACGAGACCGCCACCUCCGGCCGGAUCUUCUACGCCAACGGCACCGAUGAAGACAUCCGCUACGGGCACGGGAAUGUCCUCUCCGACGAAGGAACACCUCUCUUCCCCGGCGGCAUCGUCGUUAACCCGCCUUUCCCCACUCCCACACCGGGCUCAAACCCAGAAGAUGCGGAGAUUGACUUGAGCAUAAACGCUGGUGUUGGAACAUCCGGGGUGGGGAUUACUAGGUUCCCCGAUCAGAUUUCGAAUUUGUAUAGCUCGGCCGGGGAAGGAUUCUACGCUUGUAUGAAGGACCUUAUGUAUGGACCCGCUGUGCUAGUCUUUGUGAAGCAACAUUUUGUCGAUACACCCAAGGAGUGUGCGGAUGUUGUGCUGCUGCCCCAGUGCAGCGAGGGCAGUGGGGCGGAACAUCCCUUUGGGAAGCCCAGUUCGUGUUAUGCGGAUGUUGCUGGGACUGAUUGGACUGUUUAUCAUCGAUAA